AUGCUAGGUCCGCCAGUAAAUCUGCCCAAAUGGCUGGAGGAGAACAGCCACCUGCUGCAGCCUCCAAUCAACAACUACUGCGUCUACAAUGAGGGCUUCACAAUCAUGAUUGUCGGCGGCCCCAACGCCCGCACCGACUACCACAUCAACACCACGCCCGAGUACUUUUACCAGCACAAGGGCACUAUGCUACUCAAGGUCGUCGACGAGGGCGGCGCCUUCCGCGACAUCUUCAUCCGCGAGGGCGACAUGUUCCUGCUGCCGCCCAACACCCCGCACAACCCGGUCCGCUUCGCCGACACGGUCGGCAUGGUCGUCGAGCAGCGCCGGCCCGAGGACGCGCUCGACCGCAUGCGCUGGUACUGCGCGCGCUGCCCCGGCGCCGUCGUCGUGCAUGAAGCUGCCUUCCACGUCACAGACCUGGGAACCCAGAUCAAGGCGGCCGUCGAGGCGUUCCGCGCCGACGAGAACAAGAGGCGCUGCGGCGGCUGCGGCGAGCUGGCCGACUGGGCGCCCGCCCCGGGCUCCAUCCCCGAUCCGAACCUGGCGUAA